CAACUCAAGCCCGAUCCAAACACUGGUAAUUCAGGUACUCAACUCGGUUCUUCAAAGGAAAUUCGGUUCACAGCUUGUCGAUCGUACGAAAGCACGCGAAAAAAAAUUGAAAACCUAGGGAUUCGUUCGCAUCAACGAAUUAUUUCUGUUAAUCGAGGGUUUCAUCCGCCAUCGACAAAAAAAAAAAACGACGGAAGACGACUAGCUAGGGUUUAAUCGGCCGUCGAUAAAAAACGACGUAAGACGACGAGUAACAAUUGCCGUCGAGAGAGUUUCAUCGCAGCACAAAGCAUCUCUCUUUGCUCUGUAUUUAGAUCUUGUUCUGCUUCUGGUUUUGGUCCGGCUUCGUGAAAACUUGUUCCUUGUUGUAAUCAUAUCAAGUCCGGAUCAUAAAAAAUUUGUAUCACGUACGAUCGAUUACAUAUUCAUUUGCUGAUAUUUUUCCAUCUAAUAUUCCAUUUAUUUCUUUCUUGGUUUCGUAUCAUAUUUGAAUAUUCCAUUACUCGCUGCAGAUUACCAUAUCAGCCAUAUUCAAAAGAAAAAUAGAAAAUAGAAAAUAAAAAUUCAAAAUUCAAAAUUGUUGGUUUCCAAAAGAAAAGGUAAAUUUAAUAAUAAGAAAAACGAAAAAAAAAUAGUGGUUUUGUUUGGAUCGUCAAGUGUAAAGCAGGGAACGCGAGUGAAGAAUAUGGCUAAUGUUCGACGGUUUGGAGUAACGGAACCGAUUUCUACAGCAGGCCCCUCUGAAUUGGAUGUGAUUAGAAAUUGUCAACUUGAAAAGUUUCUUGAAGAUUCAGGACUGUAUGAAAUGCGGGAAGAAGCUAUAAGAAGGGAGGAGGUGCUCGGGAAGUUAGACCAGACUGUGAAAGAAUGGGUGAAAAAGGUCACAGAGGCUAAAGGGUUUGGUGAACAGGCUGUUGAAGAAGCAAAUGCAAAGAUUUUCACAUUUGGCUCUUAUCGAUUGGGGGUGCAUGGACCUGGUGCAGAUAUAGACACAUUAUGUGUUGGACCUAGACAUGUUACUCGAGAGGAGGAUUUUUUCGGUGAACUUCAUCGAAUGCUGGCUAAGAUGCCCGAAAUACAAGAGUUGCAUCCUGUGCCUGAUGCGCAUGUUCCUGUUAUGAAGUUUAAGAUGAAUGGGGUUUCUGUCGAUCUUCUUUAUGCAAGAUUGGAACUCUGGGUUAUUCCUGAGGAUCUGGAUGUUUCUCAAGAAUCAGUGCUACAGAAUGUGGAUGAGCAGACUAUCCUUAGCCUUAAUGGUUGUAGGGUAACUGACCAAAUUUUACACUUGGUCCCAAAUGUUCAGAACUUCCGUACCACGUUGAGGUGCAUGAGAUUUUGGGCAAAACAGCGGGGAAUUUAUUCAAAUGCUGUGGGCUUUCUUGGUGGUAUAAACUGGGCACUGCUUGUUGCUCGUAUAUGUCAGCUAUACCCAAAUGCAUUGCCUUGCACAUUACUCUCUAGGUUCUUCAGAGUAUUUUCCCAGUGGCGAUGGCCUAAUCCAAUUAUAUUGUGUCCAAUUCGAGAAGGAUCUCUGGGUCAUCAAGUUUGGGAUCCCAAGCGAAAUGCCAAAGACAGGAGACAUUUGAUGCCUAUAAUAACGCCUGCAUAUCCUUGCAUGAAUUCUAGUUACAGCGUAUCAUCAAGUACAUUGCAUGUUAUGCAGGAAGAAUUUCAGAGGGGAAAUGAAAUAUGUCAGGUAAUGGAGGCAAAUAACUCUUCAUGGGCUAGUCUGUUUGAACCUUUCCUUUUCUUCGAGGCAUACAAGAAUUACCUGCAGAUAGACAUAGCUGCCAAGAAUGAUAUUGAUUUUAGGGAAUGGAAAGGCUGGGUUGAGUCACGGCUUCGUCUGAUUACAUUGAAGAUUGAGAGGGACACACAUGGCCUGCUUCAGUGCCACCCACACCCUAGCAAUUUCUCGGACAAAUCCAGAUCCUUCCAGUGUUGUUACUUCAUGGGGUUACGGCGGAAACCAGGUGUUGAUAUUCAGGAAGACAAGCCAUUCGACAUAAGGUCAACUGUUGAGGAAUUUAAGCAGUCAGUGGAGGUUUACACCUCUAGGAAGCCUGGGAUGUGGAUCCAUGUACAUCAUAUAAGGCGCAAAGACAUUCCUCAUUUUGUCUUUCCUGGUGCUUUUAGGCCUUGCCUUAUGAAUAGAAAUGUGGACGGAAGGAAAAGAAAAAGGGAUGAUAAUAAUAUUUGUUAUAAGUUGAGAAAAUCUGGACCUGUGACAGCAAUCAAGGAUGCAAAUAUGUUGAUGGAACCAAGAAAAGUGAAACAAUAUGAAGCAAAUGGAUCAGACUCACUGAGUAAUGCAAGAUGCCAUUUAGAGAAUUGUUCACAAAAUAGCCUGCAAGGGGAUCUUUCAUCUGUUUCUGAGUCUUCUAGGACAUCUGAAGUGAUGGUUGUUGCUCAUGAAACUUCUAGCUCAUCUGUUGUCUGGCAAGGUUCUGGAAAAGUACAAUGCUCAGUUGACGGAACUGAAUAUUUUGGCCAGCCUGCUUUCCAGCAGAAACUCAAUAAACGUGAAGUUGACACCAGAUCUAUAAGUCAAGUGGAGAAAUUUGAGGGUGCAAUAGUUAAUCCAUUGCCUUCCUCAACUCUGGAGCAAGGAGCAAGCAAAGUUGUUGGCAGUUGCUCUAGCUUUAAUCAGAAUAAAACUUUUGAGGAGCCUGAGGUUGAGGAGCUUGCUGCACCGUUCAUGAAUGUAGCACGUGUUUCUUCCUGUGUGCCUCCUCAGAAGUCGCUUAUCAGGUUUAAUUUCACUACUCUGGUCAAUGCAACUGGGAAAAGUGCUUGAAUGGGAUCAAAUGAUGAACCAUUAAGCUUUAUCUUGAGGAUCAUUUUACUCCAAAGAUGUAUGUAUAUAUGGGAUAUGGAUUUGGUGUUAUUGUAAAUUUUGCAUUAGCAACAUUGUGCUACUCUCUUUCAAUCAAUACGGAAUACCUUGUUGCCAGAAAACAAGAACACAAAGUCUCCAAAAGUCCUUUUCUUUUUUCUUUAUAUUUUUUUAUAGGGAAGUUUUAUACAUCAUAUGAUUCAAUGUGGGCAGAUUGAGGCAUUACAAGGUAUGGUAAUUAAAUAAUACUACCAAUGCAUCAAGUGUUACUAAAUCUUACUUUUAUUAAGUCUUAAAAAAUCGACCAAAUAAAAAGAAAACCCCAUCUUACUAAAAAGAGCAAAAAAAUAAUAAUAAUAACAACAAUACGAAGGAUUUCAUUGAAAGUUGUAUUAGUUCCAUCUUGCAUGGUAUAUAAUUCCUACUGCCAAGACUUGGGCUGUUUGGGACAACUGUGCAAACAAAUAUUCUAGGAUGGAAACAAAAACCAAAUAAGCAAAAAAAAAAAAAACUAGUAUUUUCCGAUUCCCCCAUGUAUACAAUUUUGGAAACUACAGCAGUCCAUUAACCUCUUAGUCUGUCCCUUUACCAUGCCUUUAUCGUAAAAUUAUGUCCUUAUUACAUAAAUGGUAAGCAUUUUUUGGACCAUACUAUUGAAUGUACCAUCCUAAAGGAUCAAUUAUUCUAUUAGAAGGCAUUGCACUGUAUA